UUAGAAUCAAAGUGAUAACUUCGCAAACACAGAUUUGAAAAAGAUGGUUUUAGGAUGUUUCCCUUUGAAAAAGAAGAAACGUGGCGGCUCGGUUUCUAUGAGGAGGUUAGAUCUCGAAGAAAGCAAACCAAUUGCUUUACCAGAGCCACCUAAACCUCCAAGCCGUAAUCUCCAAUCAGCACCUCCAAGUUUCAGAACAAGAGUGAAGCCAGUUCACUCCAGCAACGGAGAGACAAGCAGCAACAGGACAAGAGUGAUGUCUGCUCCUUCAAGCAUCCACGGGACAGCAGAACGUGACUUACUCGCAGGAGUUUACCACGAGGAGCAGCAAGAUGAACAAUCUAAAGACCCACGCAUCUCUACUAAAGAACCUACUCCACAACCACAACCACUUCCACUACCGUCUCCAAGAACCGGCUCUUCUUUAAAGAACUGGGGAAGUUUUAAAUCGUUUAACGGAAGCAGCGGGAGGUUAUCUUCAUCAGCAGUAUCUGGACCUUUGCCUUUACCACCUAGCGGCUCCGUUAGAAGCUUCUCGUAUGAUGAAGUUGUCUCCGCUUGUAGCGCCUUUGCUACAGACAGAUGUGUCUCCGAAGGUCUUUCGUCAGUUAUGUAUAUGGCUUCGUUUGGUGACGAGGCUGCUUCGACUACAAACUUAAAGAAGGUUGAAGCAACUGUUGUGCGUCUUCACGUUGUAACUCAGAGUAUAAGGGAGUUUACUAAUGAAGUGAACACCUUGGCGUCAUUGCAACACCAGAAUCUUUGUAAAUUAGUAGGCUAUCAUGCACGUGAUGGAUCUGACACGAGGAUGUUGGUGUACGAGAGGCUUGCUCUUGGAAGCUUGGACCGUUUGUUACAUGGGAGAUCAGAUGGUCCUCCUCUUGAUUGGAACACUAGAAUGAAGAUUGCGUUAUGCGCAGCUCAGGGGCUAACCUUCUUACAUGAAGAAGGCCCGUUUCAGGCAAUGUACAAUGAAUUUUUAACGGCUAACAUCCAAGUAGACAAAGAUUUCAGCGCCAAGCUAUCAGGGUAUGGUUGCGUAGGCCACGCACCCGAGACCGAAACCUCAAACAGUUCAGCACUCGCGAAUCUCUCAGUGGAGACACUAGAGAGAGGAGUCUUAACACCAAAGAGCAACGUGUGGAGCUACGGAAUAGUUCUGCUCGAGAUGUUGACAGGGCGCAAAAACAUGGACGGCUCAUACCCUAAAGAAGAGAGAAACUUAGUGAAAUGGAGCAAAGCUUUUCUAGCAGAUGACUGCAGACUCUCGCUUAUAAUGGAUCCUCAGCUCAAAGGCCGGUUCCCCGCAAAAGCAGCUAGAAGCAUAGCCGAUAUAGCGCAGAGAUGUCUCCAGGUUGAGCCAUCAGAGCGACCGACGAUGCGAAACAUCGUUGAUCAGCUCAAGAUUAUACAAGACAUGAAGUACUCGUGUAGGUUUCCGUUGCGAGAACCCGCGCCAGUCGCGGUGAGGAAACAUAUGGGAAGGUCGAGUAGUUUAAACACGAUUAUUUGGACUCCCGGCGUAGCAGCAUCAGCUGCUGCUGCCCCGAGGUCGAGUUUCUCCCCGUCGCCUCCGGCGAGAAGGCCGUCGGUUUCGCCUACGAGGGGACGGGGGUUGGUGUUCCCGCCGGUGUUUCCGGGAAGAGUGUGUUCGUCGUUGGAGGAGAUGAGUAGGGAAGAGGUGAGGAGAUUGUCUUCGUGUUGA